GUGGCGCUCCACAGAUCUCUCCUAGCCUGGUGUUGGCUGUUUGGGGAUAAAGCUGGGUGCUAUUCGGUCAUGUGAUCCCUCUUUUUUUUCCUCCUCUUUUCCUCCUUCGAAGUUGAAAGGCAAAAGCAGAGCGGUGGAGGGGGCCCAAGCUCGCCUUCCUGGCCGUAGAUGCAGUGAAUUCAUCCCGUUUCUACACUAUUGUUUUUCUCCUCGCCUCGCUGUGAUUUUUUUCUUGUUACCUCCAGGCUCUCCUUCACGAUGGCCGGGGCUAUUAUUGAGAAUAUGAGCACCAAAAAGUUGGUGAUAGUGGGAGUUAUUCUGCUCUUGUUCCAGGCGUUCUCCUUCAUGGUCGGUGGUUUGAUUGCACCAAGCCCCACCACAGCGAUCCACUACCUUGCCACCAAGUGUGUGGACACAGUGAAGCACCACCAGAACACCAAGUGGUUCAUGCCCUGGGGCCCGAACCAAUGCGACAAGAUCCGGACCUUUGAUGAGGCCAUGGCCAAGAAGAUCGAGGCCAACAACAUCGUUUUUGCUGUCCACAUUCCUCUGCCCAACAAGGAGAUGAGCCCCUGGUUCCAGUUCCUGCUGGUCAUCCUGCAGUUUGACAUCGCCUUUAAGGUGUACAACCAGAUAGCGGAUGGCGCGAUGGUUACCAUUGAUGUGGGCCUGGCCUACAGAGACGACACACUGAGUGAGUGGACGGAGAUGGCGCACUCCAUCGAGCAGAGGAAGCUCAACUGCAGCUUCAACACUGCCAAGACCUUUGAGAAUGAGGGGCGUUACUAUGAGUGUGACCUGCUGCCCUUCAUGGAGGUCGGCAGCGUGGCACACAAGUACUACCUGCUCAACAUCCGCCUGCCUGUCAACGAGGCCAAGAAGAUCAACGUGGGCAUCGGGGAGAUCAAGGACAUUCGUCUGGUUAGCAUCCACCAGAACGGAGGCUUCACCAAAGUCUGGUUUGCCAUGAAGACCUUCCUCACACCCAGCAUCCUCAUCAUCAUGAUCUGGUACUGGAGACGCAUCACCCUCAUGACCAGACCUCCUGUGCUGCUGGAGAAGGUAAUCUUUGCUCUGGGCAUCUCCAUGACGUUCAUCAACAUCCCAGUGGAGUGGUUCUCUGUGGGCUUCAACUGGACCUGGAUGCUGCUUUUCGGAGACAUCAGGCAGGGCAUCUUCUACUCCAUGCUGCUGUCUUUCUGGAUCAUCUUCUGCGGGGAGCACCUCAUGGAUUGCAAAAAACUGUCUUUGAAGACAUGGCUUAAGCGAAGAAUUAGAAGAAUUUUCCACAACUGUGAAUCUCCUCCUCAUGAUGUCCCACAUGUGGCAACAGUAGAAAAUUCAAGCAGUUCUGCUAAUGGCAACACUGUUAUGGCCCCUCUUAUGGACCAGACAGAGAGGAACCGUUUCUCAGUCUACUGGAAGCAGGUCGGCCCCAUCGUCUUUGGCUCCUUCUGUCUCUUCAUCUUUGACAUGUGUGAGAGGGGAGUCCAGCUGACAAACCCCUUUUACAGUAUCUGGGCCACGGAUGUGGGAACUGAGCUGGCUAUGGCGUUCAUAAUUGUGGCAGGGAUCUGUGCCUGCCUGUACUUCCUCUUCCUGUGCUUCAUGGUGUUCCAAGUCUUCCGCAACAUUAGUGGUAAGAGGUCCUCGCUGCCCGCCAUGUCCAAGGCCAGACGCCUGCACUACGAGGGUCUGAUUUUCAGAUUCAAGUUCCUCAUGCUGGUCACUCUCACCUGCGCCGCCAUGACUGUCAUCUUCUUCAUCAUCAGUCAGGUGAAUGAAGGCCACUGGCACUGGGGAGACCACACAGUGCAGGUGAACAGCGCCUUCUUCACUGGCAUCUACGGCAUGUGGAACCUCUAUGUCUUUGCCAUCAUGUUCCUGUACGCCCCCUCACACAAACGCUAUGGAGAUGAGCAGUCCAGUGGUCAGUGCAUCAUUGGAGAUGCCGGACCUAACAGUGGCGAAGACAUCCAGCUGACCACCACCAUCACCCAUGUAGACGGCCCCACUGAGAUCUACAAGAUGACUGGAAAAGAGUCCCAGGAGUAGGCAGCAGCCCAUGUUUUGAACUCCCCUCUACUACCUACUGCUCCAACAAUCCCCUCCCUUUGUGUACUCUCAAAAGGCCUUUUGUCCUUCAGCGCAGCACGGCCCUAAACCAGCACCGACGGUCUACCUUGCAUGCAGCCACCAUUUCCCCACUUUCAGCCCUCUUCCCACGAGCAACCCCCUAGCUGUGUCACUGUUCCACCUCUUCCCAAACCUUCCUAUCGAGUUGUCAAAGGCUGAAAAAUAAAGUCAACACGCCUAUCAGUCCUUUUAUUUCAUAAUAGAUUUUUUUCUUAUCUGACAUUUCAUGCUCCAUGUGAAAUAUCAGCAUUUGUAAAUGUUGCACAACUUUUCCUUUUUCAACAUCACAUAUCAAGUCAAAUGCAGGAGAGCUGCUUUCAGAUGGAAGAGAUAUUUCAGUGUAAAGAAUACCAUCUGGUGGUGGAUUAGAAAAGAAGGAGGAGAGAGGGCAUUUGGAAGGAAUUACACUACUACUUCGAAGUAUGAAUAACCUGUCUUGUAUGUAAAGCCUUGCGCUUCAGAUAUAGAUGAACAACAAGCUUUUAUUGGCUACAGUUAUAACCACUUUGGGUUUGAUCUGCCUAGAGAGUUUUUUUUUUUGUUCUGCUUCUUAUAAUAUUCUUACUGAAGGCCCUUGAGUCUAUUUCUCUGUGCACUAUCACACAUACACUUCCAUAGAAAGUAGAUCAUGUGAACUACUGCUGUCAUCUUAUUUAUCAUUCUUUCAAGUGGUGGAGUUCCUUUUUUUUAUAUAUAUAUUUUUCGGGGAGAAAUGUACAGACCACAUAGCCUUUUUGGGAAAUGCAUACUGUAAGUUCAUUAUGUUACAAUGUAGAUAUCUAUUUUUUAUAAAGUGCUUAUUUUCAACUUUACGAAAUGUUUGCAUCAAGCAGUAUCACUGUUGACAAAAAACUUUGAGAUUUGAAGUUGACUUUAGCCUAUUACACAUGGGUCUUAGUUAUUAUGUGCUUUUUAUGCUAAUUUAAAUAAAGACUUUUACUUUAUGGCUGU